AUGAGCGAGCAAGCGGUCGAAGCCUUUUCCAGCGUGGAGCAGACGCUCGCUGCGGUGGAAGAGCACCUGGCGGUGUUUAAGCAGAACUCAAUGGAGGAAUUUGUUGCACCGCUAAGCCCACUGGAGCGUGCGAAGGUGCAGGUUUCAUUGGCUUACACCAUCAACGCGCUACUGUUCGUGUUCUUGAAGACCCAGGGAGUUUCUCCCAAGGACAUCCGACAGACCCACGUCAAGCAGGAACUGGAUCGUGUGAAGGCUUUCAUCAAGAAGAUUAAAGACGCGGAGGAGCUGGCGAAGGGCCCAAAGCUAGUGCUAGACAAGGACGCGUCCAAGCGAUUCAUUCACAACGCUCUCAGCUCCGACCAAGUGUAUCGGGCUGCGUCCAAGGGCUCGGGCAAGAAAAACAAGCGCCAGCGGAAACAUUAG